CCCCCGCGAGGUGGGCGGCAAUCGGUAUAAAAUGAGACCAUUUUAGCUGUGCAAAACAGAAGAGCUCGCUCCGUCCACCCAACAAACGCCAUGAAGACUGUCGUGGUCGUGCUGCUGUUGGCGUCCGCGGUAUCGGCCGCCAACGAGUGGUGUAACCGACAGUGUUGCACGGGUUAUCGGAAGGGUACCUGUCCCGCGGACGUGAAGGUUGUACUUCCUCAACCAUCAUCCAGAGCAGCAGCGGCAACAGCUCAGCGUGAGGAAAAAUGCGAGAGCCACUGCCGCGAUGACACCCACUGUGCGUGCGGUAUGAAAUGCUGCAAGAUUGGUUGUGCGCGCCGCUGCAUGCCUGUCUGCACGUUCGGCUGCUGGAAGGGCGAGAGGUGCGUCCUCGAAAUCGACGGACUGCGGCCCUACCAGGAGCGCGCCCAGUGCAACUGAAACAACCCAACUGGCUGACAAAAGGAUAGCUGGAAGGCAGAACGAGAUGAGCUACGGCGCUCAGUUGAUUGAUUUUGCUGGUAUUCAUAACACUAAAAAGUGACAAAAGUAAAAUUUUUCCGAAGAUGUUUGCAACAUGAAAUCAGCAGUGUUGGCGUUGCUGAAUAAAGAUCACGAUUAUACGACAAAUAUGCUUGUCAUAUGCUUAUCGGCUAAA